AUGGUAGUGGAAUAUGAAGCUAAAAAGGCCAAUAUAUUUUCUGAGGAAGACAUUAUGAAAGCUGUCCUUGGUUUAGCAGUCUAUUCCAACUCCCACUUAGUACUUUCCUUCUAUGAAGAAAUUGGAAUCCUCUUUUACCAGGGACUUGCCAACAUAGGUUGUGUUUGUACCAAAACUAUGAAGAAAGCGGUCCGGGUCAUCACUGAGAAGUACUGUGCAUGUCUGGGCAACAACUUCCACACCAAGUGUGUGUGUGAGGAGAUUGCCAUUAUUCCCAGCAAGAAGCUCUGCAACAAGAUAGCAGGCUAUGUCACACAUCUGAUGAAGCCGAUGCAGAGAGGCCCCGUGAGAGGUAUCUCAAUCAAGCUUCAGGAGGAGAGAGAAAGGAGAGAUAAUUUUGUUCCUGAGGUCUCAGCCCUGGAUCGGGAGAUCACUGAAGUAGAUCCCGACACUAAGGAAAUGUUGAAACUCUUGGCUUUGUCCAGCCUGCAGGUCACUUAGCCUACAGUUGGGAUGAAUUUCAAAACGCCAUGUGGAGCCACUUGA